AUGCCCGCCGAGACCAAGAUCGACGAUGGAGCGCCCGCUCUCCCCCAAUUAGGCGAUAGCGUCGACUCGACGACUUUCGAGCAGAUCCUGGAAAUGGACGACGACGAUGAACGCGAGUUCAGCCGAUCCAUCGUGUUUGGCUUCUUUGAGCAGGCCGAGGAGACCUUCGAGACAAUGGAAACAGCACUGGAAAACAAAGAGCUCCACGAGCUUUCACAGCUCGGCCACUUCCUUAAGGGUUCUUCGGCGACCCUGGGGCUCGUCCAUGUCCGCGACAGUUGCGAGAAGAUUCAGCGCUACGGAAAGAAGCAGAAGGAGGACGGAUCCAGUGUGGACGACGACGAGUUGUGUCUGAAGCGGAUCGGGGAAACACUCAAGACACUCAGGACGGAAUAUGAUAACUGCGAGAGGGCCUUGAAGAAGUUUUACGGCAGCCCCGUCGCCGAGGACAGCGAUAAGACCGACGAGGUGGACAAGGCUGAUACGACUGAUGAAAUAGACGAAGUGGACGAAGUGGACAAAGUCGACAAAGUCGACAAAGUCGACAAAAUCGACAAAAUCGACAAAACGGACGAGAGCGAUAAGACUGACACGGCGGACAAGAGUGACAAGACCGAUAAUUAG